AUGGAUCUAAAAUACAGAUUGCUAAAUGAUGUAUUCGUAAUUUUGCAGCAAUUCCAAGGCAACUUUGACAGGUAUUCAGUCCGCACGCACGCCUUCAGGCCAGCUCUGUAUGCUCGAUACGUUCGCAUUCAACCAAGAGGCUGGAGGUCGCAUAUUUCCAUGAGGGUCGAGUUGUAUGGAUGUCCUUGGAAUCACUGUGACAUGCCGCUUGGUCUCGAAGACGGCCGUGUUCCAGACCCCGUCAUGACCGCCUCCUCUUACAACAACAUUUACGACGCGCCGUGGAACGCUCGACUUAACAGAAGGCGCUACAGCCGUUUCGGAGGAGGUUGGUCUCCAAGAAGGAACGACAGAAUCCGGUUUCUGCAGAUAGACUUCCAAGCGAUGACUAAGGCGACACGUGUCGCCACGCAGGGAAUGCACAAUGCUAAUUACUGGGUAACGAAAUAUUACAUCAAGUAUGGAAAAAAUAAAGGCAGAAUGGUUCCUUACCGUGAGGGAAGAUCAACAAAGGUACGGUUAUCAUUGGCACUAUUAAGAGUCAGUUUUCAACCAGUAAUAGUCUUGCUUAUAUUCUCAGGAAAUUACGACAGAUAUAUUAUCGUUCAGCACAAGUUUGUCAAACCUCUGUAUGGAAGAUACUUUAGAGUUUACCCUGUGGCCUGGUAUUCCUGGAUAGGCCUGAGAGUUGAAUUCUACGGAUGUGUCUAUGGAAAACGUUGUAACCAGCCUCUUGGAAUGCAAAACGGUCGAAUAAAAGGACGGCAGUUAUCAGCCUCCUCGAGCUGGGACGGAAAUCACGGUCCAUCCAAUGCCAGACUUCACUGGCGACGGCGAGGACCGCGCAUAGGAGCCUGGUCCGCGCGUCAUAACACUCGUUACCAGUGGCUUCAGGUUGAUUUUAUCCACGCCAUGCGAGUCGUGAAGAUCGCUACUCAGGGACGACAAGACGCCGCACAAUGGGUGACUCAGUAUUAUCUUACCUACAGUCAAGAUGGAGCGCAUUUCGCCGAGUUUAAAAAGAAUAGCAAUCGAAAAUACCUUACAGGUAACAGAGACCAAAACAGCGUUGUACAGCACCGAUUGUUCCCGCAGAUCAAAGCCCGCUACAUUCGUGUCUGUCCUUGGGGCUGGCACCGACACAUUUCCAUGAGGGUGGAGUUUUAUGGUUGUUCUGCAGGUAUGUAUUUAAAUCUUCAUCUGAGAGAUCGUUUUUGGCGCUGCUCGCUCCCACUCGGUCUCGAGGACAAACGUAUCACAAACGGCCAUUUCUCGGCAUCUACGUAUUACAAUCACCACUUGGCACCAUGGCAUGGUCGGUUGAACCACCGCUGGUCAUGGAGCGCUAGAACCAGAAAUCACAAUCAGUGGCUCCAAGUGAGCUUUGUGAGCGUUGUGAAGGCGACAGGAAUUGGUACCCAAGGCAGGCAGGAUGCUAAUCAAUGGGUGACGAAGUAUAUUGUAUCUUACAGUGCGGACACGACCAACUUCCGGUACUACUCUGAAGGAAGAGGAACCAAGGUAAGUGUAACCAAAGGCAUUAGUUUAAAGGAGCUCAGCAUGGUAUUUUGAGUGAU